AUGAUUGUACUCUCAACUUAUAAAAAAUGCUUAGUUUUCUCAUAUUAUAUUCUUCUUUUUUGGGUCCUUAAAUAUUAUACGUUAACUUGCCAAGCUAACAAUUUUAAAAAAGCUUGGUCUUCAAAAGAAGGAAGAAAUAAUAUAAUAUAUUUAUUUAAUAAUUAUAAAAGAAAAAGUUUUAUUUAUGAUUAUUCUAAUACGAAUGGUAAAGCAAGAACUCUAUAUCUUUUUGUUCAUCCACGUAAUUAUCUUAUUAACAAAAAAAAUGAAAUUGAAACACACAAUGUUCCUUUGGUAACGAGGAGGGGCACAUAUAUAAAUUAUUACAGCUCAACUAAAAAGGGCAUGUUCUCUUUAUUAUUUGUUUUUCUUUUAAGAAGAAAGUAUGAUGGAAAAGAAAAGAAAUUGUACCAUAAAAGAUUAGGGAUAAGGAAAAUACGAUUAAAUGAAAAAAAAAAAGAUAAUAUAUAUGAUAAUAACCAUCAAUCUGAACAUAGUAUAACAAAUAAUAAUAUUCCGAAGGAUCGUGAAAAGGGGGAAUCUGAACAAAACACUGCGAAACAUAAGAAAGAAGAAGAAAUAAAUCAAGGAAACAGACAAUUUUUGACAGAGACUAAAUAUUAUAAGCGAAGUAAAUAUUCUAAAGCUGGAUACAUAAAAGAAAAGGAUCAUUAUAAUAAUGUUAUUGAAAAGCAUGAAGAAGAAAAAAAAAAGAAACAAGGGUUAGACAUCUUUGACGAUUUUAUAAAUGACAGAUAUAAUAUUUAUUAUACAGAAAAUAAAGAGGAUUUGGUUGAAAAAAUGAAUGAAAAGAAAAAAAAAGAAAAUAAAAUGAGUUUACCCGAUUUUUUUAUUUUAAAUUAUUAUUUAGAUAAAAAUAGAAAGAAUAAUUUGGAUUUAAUGAUUAAUGUAGGUGAUAAUGAUUUAAUAAAAGGUGGGUCCGCGAUAACAGGUUCGUUUUCUAGCACCAUGAAGAAUAUGUUACAAUAUAAUGUAUUACAAGGGAAAGCAUAUUGUAACAAUGGUAAUAUUGACAGUGAAAGUAAUAAUAGUAUUAACAAUAUAAAUGAUAGUAAAAAUAAUAGUAGUGAUGGUAGUAUUAGUAGUAGUAGUAGUAGUUGUAGUGAUUAUAGUAAUUAUAAGAAUUCCCAAUCCUAUAGUAAACAUACUGAAUUUAUAAAUAAUUAUAAUGUUAUCGGACAAAUUAUUGGAGUACGAGGUCUUUUAGGAUGCUUAAAAGUAGUUAGCUUUACUACAUUUAAUGAUAUACGAUUUGAACCAGGUAGUUAUCGUUAUAUUUUUAUGAAUAAUUAUAAUUAUCCUUUACCUAUAAAAAUAUUAGAUGUAAAAGAAUCUCAAAAGGUAUCUUUUCUUUAUAUAAAAAUAGAAGGUAUUAAUACAAGAAGUGAUGCUUUAAAACUAAAAAAUUGUUUAAUUUGUGAUGAUAAAAGAACUUUUCCUGAUUUAGGAGAAAAUCAAUAUAUAUCUACAGAUCUGCUAAAUUUUGAUAUUCAUAUAUUUAACGAUUUUUCAAAUAUAUCCAUCGGAAAUGUAAAUGGAUUCCUAUCAAAGUAUGAUUAUAUAUAUAGUAAAUCAGUACAACAAAUAUCAGAUGAUUUAAUUAAAAUACAUUUAAAAAAAAAUAUUUCACUAGAAAAGGUAUUCAAUAUUAUUAAUGUUGCUAAAUUGUAUAAUCAAAAUAAAAAUAAUUCUAUUAAUGUUCAAGAUACACAAAAUAAUAACCCUAUUAAAAAUAUUCAAGCUAUUAAAGUUUUAAUAAAUAAAUCAAAUACAUAUAAUACGGAUGAAGAAGAUAUACAAGAAAAUAACAUACCAUCUGAACCCAUAAAGAAUGAUAAAAACUACUAUGACUCUUUAGAUAAUUUUGAUGGAUAUUCAUAUAAAAAAAUUUUUAAAUGUGAUUAUUGUGAUCAUAUUUUUGAUGACAUAAAAGAAGCAAGUAUACAUGAAAAUUCCCAUUUCUCUUCAGAUGAGGAACUUUUAUAUAACCGUACAAAAAUAGAUGAUUCGGAUAAACAAAAGGUUUAUGAGGUAACAAAGGACCAAGCCAGGAAGCUGAAGAAUGUAGAAUA